CCAUUGUUGGUCCUGUUCCACCUUUACUAGCCAGCCAGCCCCUCCCAAAGAUUCCUCUCCUCUCAUCUCCUUCUCCGGUGCACUUUGGUCGACCAACGGAAAAACAUCCAUUCAAUUCCAUACCAUGUGAUGCCUCCGCACUUCCUUUUCCAAAGGGCAGAGGAGAAGGACCACGAUGCUCUCUCUGUCACUGUCGCUGCCUCACUGUUUCCUUCCCCCACUCGUCCAUAACUGCGUGCCACCUUUGCAGUGUGCCACUACAAGAAUGCAUAACCAGUUUGGCGGCCUAAAUGCUUCAUUCAUAACAACGCUCCUACUAAUCCAGUCCAGUGGAUCUCUUCAGCUCGGUUGAUAAGUGUCGCAACCUCUCGUGCUUCUUUGUUUCGUUCCCGGGCGAGGCCGAGGACGAAGCUGCGUCGUCCACAAGCUGCUCCCAUGUGAUGUGCGCCUAAGCUGAGCUCGCCUCACUCCGGACUGACAGCACGGCACCGGUGGAUUGGAUCUGUCCUUCCGAGAUCGAUGGACCGCUCCUGCUACUUCCCGCUACGGUGGGAGAGCACCGGCGACCAGUGGUGGUACGCCUCGCCCAUCGACUGGGCGGCGGCCGACGGCCACUACGACAUCGUCCGCCAGCUGCUGCACCUCGACCCCAACCUGCUCAUCAAGCUCACCUCGCUCCGCCGGAUCCGCCGCCUCGAGGCGCUCUGGGACGACGACGCACGCUUCGUCCACGCGCCGCGCCACCGCGCCUCCGUCGCCCGGGGCCUGCUGCUGGAGUGUGAGUGCAAGCACGGCGCCGAGAACACGCUGCUCCGGGCCGGCUACGGCGGCUGGCUGCUCUACACGGCCGCGUCCGCGGGGGACGCGGGCUUCGUGCAGGAGCUGCUCGACAGGGACCCGCUGCUCGUCUUCGGCGAGGGCGAGUACGGCGUCACCGACAUGUUCUACGCGGCGGCGAGGGGCGGCAACGCCGACCUGUUCAGGAUGCUGCUGGACCAUGCCAUGUCCCCGAGGUGCUCGACGUAUGGUCGCGACGGGGAUGUCGCCGGCGGCCGCGCCUCGGUGUUCCGGCUGGAGAUGAUGAGCAGGGCUGUACACGCUGCCGCGAGAGGAGGGAGCGUGCGCAUGCUGAAGGAGCUCAUCGACGGUCGCUCCGACGUGUCGGCGUACCUUGAUAUCCGUGGAUCCACCGUGCUUCAUGCUGCUGCUGGGAGAGGGCAGCUCGAGGUUGUCAAGUACCUGAUGGCCUCUUUCGACAUGAUCAACUCAACUGACAACCAAGGGAACACUGCACUACAUGUAGCGGCCUACCGAGGGCAUCUGCCCGUUGUAAACGAACUGGUUGCUGCAUCUCCAUCAGCCAUAUCAGCUCUCAACAAUGCAGGUGAUACGUUCCUCCACUCGGCGAUCGCAGGGUUCCGAACCCCGGGGUUCCGCCGCCUCGACCGGCAACUGGAGCUCACCAAGCAUCUCAUUCAAGAGAGAGCCGCAGACAUCGGGAAGAUCAUCAACCUGAGAAACGACGCGGGCCUUACCGCCCUACACAUGGCUGUGGUUGGCUGCGUGCAUCCGGACCUCGUCGAGCUCCUGAUGACCACGCCGUCCAUCGACCUUAACGUCCAAGACGCUGACGGCAUGACCCCGCUGGCGCUGCUCAAGGAGCAGCUGCGAUCAACCACGUCGGAGAGACUCAUCAAGCAGAUAGUCUCCGCCGGAGGGGUGCUGAGCUCGAGCGUGCUGAGAAGCCGGUCGGCCGUCGUUUCGCAGAUAAAGAUGCGGGGAGGGAUCGCGAUCAGUCCGGGCACCAUGUUCAAGAUAUCGGAUGCGGAGAUAUUGUUGCACUCGGGCAUUGCGGCGACGGAGUCCCGAAGGGCUAGCUCGUGCUCUAGCGAUGGCAAGUGUGACCCUGUACAUGCGGAUGCAAACGGCGAAGGUGACGAGAACCAUGGAUCGUCGGAGAAGAGGCUCAGCUCUGCCAGCCGAGCCAAGGACCGUCUCAAGAUGAUGCUGCGGUGGCCUCGCCACAGGGACAAGAUGUCCAGGACGCCGAGGAAAUCCGAGGACGGCGGCCCGCUGGACACCAUCCAGAAGCUGAACAAGCAUGUCGCCGACACCCCGACUCCGCUCAGGCAGGCCUUCACCAAGACGACGGCGCUCAACAACAAGCGCACGCUCGCGGUCAAAAGCUCCGUCCCCAGCUCGGCCAGCAAGAAGAAGCUCAUCCACGGCAUCAUGGAGGCCAUGCCGCACCUCGCGGCGUCGUCGGCAUCGACCCGGUCCCCGCCGAGCACCCUCCCGAGGUCCUCCAUGUCGUCCGCGCCGACGUCCACCAAGCUCAAGGACAUCUGCUUCGAAGAAGACGAGAGCACGAUGGUGACGCCGCCGUUCGGCAAGCUCAAGGACAUCAUCCUGGACAACGACGACGGCGCGGACGAGCCGUCGUGCUCGAACUCAUCCUUGGCCGACGAGGGGGUCGGCGUGGCCGCCCGGAGGAACCACGGCUGCGGGAACGGGAGGCUCAUCAACAUCUGCUUCGGCGCGCAGGGGCUCACGGUGGAAGACUCUGCCAGCGGGCAGCAGACGAGCAAGAUGUUCAAGCAGCAGUGCCUCCGGGUGUCCUGACCUGGCCUGCGUUCGGCUUUGCGGUUCAGCGAUAUACUCCUAUGUGUGUGUGUGUUGAACUCCCCCGGCUCAGUUUGGUUUGGUUUGGUUUGGUUUGGCGUGCUGCUCCGCGUACAAGAGCAAGGUUUGGUUGAUUUGCUGAGAUAAAUUCCGUGUAUGUAUCAUAGUAAGGCGUGCUUGAUUUUUGCAAGGGCUUGAGCUUGCUAUCAUCAAGUUAUCGACGUGAUUCCCCUAUAUACAUAUACACGAAAUGUUUGAGCUGUA